AUGCUUCAUUCUCGUUCCAGUGCCUUUCUUUUGAGCAUUGCUGUAUUCAUGGUGCUUCUUCUUUCAUGCAUCACCUCUUCUCUUGUUCAUGCUAAAUAUGAGUUGACCGAAUUUUUCAAAGGUCUUUCCUGUAGUGGAACAUCCGUUCUCAAGAUGUACAAGUUUGAUUUCAAUUGCCACUCGAUGAAAAACCUAUGCCUAAAGAAACCUAAUUUCUUCUCGAGUACCAAAAAAACUUGCAUCCAUUUCGUUCCACAUUCACCAAAAGCAGGUGAAUUCAUGGAACUCCAGUAUUCAGACAAGGAAUGUUUAGUAACUCCCUUGUCAGUGACCAUUCACAAGUUGGAUACUUGUAUUCCAAGUGAUCAUGGCUCAUCUUUCAUGAUUAAGGGAUGUACAUCGAGGGUGACAUAUUCGGAUCGAAAAUGUCAAAAUGAAGUAAGGACUGCUUCUCUCACAUUGAUGGAUUGUUUUAAUGGAAAUUCUGUUCGAUGCAAUCACACUGUUCCCGUACAUUUGACUUCACCCAUUCGUUUUUCAUCUGGAAAUUCAACUCAUAUGAGUGGUGGUGUAAAAGAGUUCAUGUUGAGAAGCUGUGUUGGAAUUGUGGUUUCAGUGAUGACUGUUCUAAUGAUGAUGAUGUAG